AGCCAUUGGGAUUUGAGAGUUCAGGAAUAGGAUUAUGUUGUUCAAACUUGAAAUUCAAAGGAAAAUUUUGAAUUGACGAUUUCCCACCACAAGGUUCAGCCGCCAAAGCUAGAUUUCAAAAACUUUGAAUUGAAAUUGCGAAUCCGCUAAAUUUUUACGAGCCAUAAAUACUUUCAACACAACUCCAUACCUCCAUUUCACCUUCUUCUCUUCGAGUUAUCAGUUGUUCAAUUGUUCUCCCGUCUUGCAAUAUCGUAAGCGUUCGUGUAAGUGGGAGAGAUGGCCGGAAAGGGUGGGAAGGGUUUAUUGGCCGGAAAAACACCGGCGGCAGCAGCAGCUAACAAGGACAAAGAUAAGAAGAGGCCGAUUUCCCGAUCUGCUAGAGCUGGCCUCCAGUUUCCAGUAGGUAGGAUUCAUCGCCAUUUAAAAACUAGAACUUCUGCAAAUGGACGUGUUGGAGCCACUGCUGCUGUUUACUCCGCUGCCAUUCUUGAGUACUUAACUGCUGAGGUGCUUGAGUUAGCUGGAAACGCUAGCAAAGAUUUGAAGGUGAAGAGGAUUACACCUCGCCAUCUGCAGUUAGCCAUCCGUGGGGAUGAAGAACUUGAUACCCUUAUCAAAGGAACCAUUGCUGGAGGUGGUGUCAUUCCCCACAUUCACAAGUCCCUCAUCAACAAAACCACAAAGGAAUGAGUCUCUUUCUCUCUCUCUCUCUCUCUCUCUCUCUCUCUCUCUCUCUCUCUCUCUCUCUCUCUCUCUCUCUCUCUCUUUUUCUUUCUUUUUUGUUAGCCAAUUAGACAAUGUGUUUGGCUUUUGACUGGAAUUUGUGGCAAAAGAUUGAUGUGGUAUUGGUGUUUGUUUAUUGUAUUUGAAUUUUUAGUUUUUUAGGAUCGAUGUACAUGGCAUAUAAUCCCAGAUUAUGCUUUAGAAUUUUUGUAACUUCUGGUUGCAUUUCUAUCUCCCUGUUGAGAGUUUUGUUUGGUCGCUA